UUUGGGAGUCAUUUGUACUGUUGAUUUUAAAUGAAUAAUUGCUUUUUUCGAAGUGUUCUUCGUGUGGUUUACGUGUGGUAAAUACCGAUUCAGUGAUUAUGGGUGGUGAAGAAGGCCUUGGAGUGACUACAGGUCAACCGAAUCUUUAUAAACAAGAUCUCUCAAAACUAGAUGUUAGUAAAUUAACUACAUUAUCUCGUGAAGUUAUUAGCAGACAAGCAACAAUUAAUAUUGGUACUAUUGGUCAUGUAGCGCAUGGAAAGUCUACAAUUGUAAAAGCUAUAUCAGGAGUACAAACUGUUCGUUUUAAAAAUGAAUUAGAGAGAAAUAUUACAAUCAAACUUGGAUAUGCAAAUGCAAAGAUUUACAAAUGUGAUAAUGAAAAAUGCCCAAGACCGGGAUGUUACAUAUCUGGAGGAUCAAGUAAAGAUGAUUCGUUUCCUUGUUUACGACCAGUUUGUUCUGGGCGAUUUCAACUGGUACGUCAUGUGUCCUUUGUCGAUUGUCCUGGGCACGAUAUCCUUAUGGCAACUAUGCUAAACGGUGCUGCAGUGAUGGAUGCAGCUUUACUUUUAAUUGCUGGCAAUGAAUCGUGUCCUCAGCCUCAGACAUCAGAACAUUUGGCUGCUAUUGAGAUUAUGAAACUGAAACACAUUGUAAUCCUGCAGAACAAAAUAGAUUUGGUAAAAGAAGCUCAAGCAAAGGAACAAUACGAACAAAUCUUGAAAUUUGUUCAAGGUACCGUUGCUGAAGGAGCACCUGUAAUACCAAUUUCCGCUCAAUUAAAGUAUAAUAUUGAAGUAUUAUGCGAAUAUAUCACUAAGAAAAUUCCAGUACCUAUAAGAGAUUUUACUUCUGAACCGAGAUUAAUCGUAAUUCGAUCAUUCGAUGUAAAUAAACCCGGUUGUGAAGUUGAUGAUCUCAAAGGAGGCGUUGCUGGAGGAAGUAUUUUAAGAGGAGUAUUAAAAGUGGGUAUGGAAAUUGAAGUUCGCCCUGGGUUAGUGUCCAAGGAUAGUGAAGGAAAAUUGACUUGUCGACCUAUAUUUUCGCGGAUAGUAUCAUUAUUUGCAGAGCAAAAUGAACUUCAGUUUGCUGUUCCUGGUGGUCUUAUUGGUGUUGGAACAAAAAUUGAACCUACAUUAUGUCGGGCAGAUCGUUUAGUCGGUCUUUUGGGAGCCGUAGGAGCUCUGCCAAAAAUAUUUAUUGAACUUGAGAUAUCAUAUUAUCUUUUGAAACGAUUAUUGGGAGUUAGAACAGAAGGUGACAAAAAGGUACCAAAAUUAUCGAGAAAUGAAGUACUAUUAGUAAAUAUUGGAUCAUUAAGUACUGGAGGUCGUGUAUUGGCCACUCGUGCUGAUUUAGCUAAAAUCAGUUUAACAAAUCCUGUCUGUACAGAAAUCGACGAAAAGAUUGCAUUGUCGCGUCGUGUUGAGAAACAUUGGCGUUUAAUUGGUUGGGGUCAAAUUUGUGGCGGACAAACUAUAGAACCAGUUAUUGACCGAAAAUAACUUCAGAAAUAUACAUAAAGCAUUCAAAUUUAAUAUAAAGAGAUUUAACGUAAUUUCUACAACGUAAAAUGUUGCUUGAAAUGUUUAUAAUAAAGUAUGAAAUACAUAUUA